CGCCCAUCAGAGGUGACAACGAAUCAACACCGCAGAGACUGCCGAAAAGUUUUUCAAUUCCAGAUUGUAAUUUUCUUUUGCUCGAUAUUAUGGAGUUUUAAGAGAUGUUCUAGUGCUGAUCGAGUGUUUAGAAAUGGAAUCCAUAUAGUUGCUUGCAGUACAGCAACUGUGCAUCCUGGCUAACAGGCUCCGAACGAGUACGAUUGAAAAGCUUUUCGGUCAUCUCCCCGAAACACAACAGAAAGGGGUUUGCAUUUAGGACAAGAGGAGACACGAUAGGAAAAGCGAUUCAAAAUGCUUCCGCUUACACAUAAAGAUUCCCGUGGCUUCACGUACAAGGUCCGGGAGAAAAUAAACAGCCUGACCCGGUUGAUUUUUUCCGAUCGGAACUCGAGGAAUCUGUUUUUGUUCCUGCUGCUUAAUUUGAGUUUUGCGUUUGUUGAGCUGAUGUACGGAAUAUGGACCAACAGUUUAGGUCUUAUUUCCGAUUCAUUCCACAUGUUCUUCGACUGUACGGGACUGUUGGCCGGACUGGCCGCGUCGGUCAUCACCAAAUGGAAGGCGAACGACAAAUACUCGUACGGCUACGUUCGGGCAGAAGUGCUGGCAGGGUUUGUGAACAGUUUAUUCCUGCUGUUCAUUGCAUUUUUCAUCAUGUCCGAGGCGGUGGAACGGGCCAUUGAGCCGCCGGAGGUUAAGCACGAGCGCCUGUUUGUGGUGUCGGUACUGGGAUUGCUGGUCAAUCUGGUCGGCAUUUAUGCAUUCCAGCAUGGUGGUCAUGGACACAGCCACGGUGGCGGUCAUGGCCAUAGCCAUGGCGGCGGCGGCGGCGGUGGAGGGCAUGGACAUUCCCAUGGAGGUCACAGCGACACACAUCACCUGUUGGCUAAUAAUCACGGCCAUGGACACAGCCACGGAGGAGAUGAUCAUCACGGGCAUAGCCACGGGUCGGCAUCGAUCAAUAUGGACCAAUCGAUCUCUUCGAACAACUCGCAGAUUAUGCGCGGAGUGUUCCUGCAUAUAUUGGCCGAUACGUUGGGAUCGGUGGGAGUUAUUAUUUCGGCAGUUCUGAUGCAGCUGUUCGGUUGGAUGAGGGCUGAUCCGAUCUGCAGUAUGUUCAUAGCCCUGACAAUCGGACUGAGCACUCUGUCUUUGAUCAGGGAAUCCGUAAUGGUUUUGAUGCAGCGACAGCCGGUCAGUUUGGAUCGGAUGCUGCCACAGUGCUACCAGAAGGUGACGGGCCUGGCUGGAGUCUACAGCGUUCAGGAACCUCACUUUUGGACGCUAUGCAGUGAUGUUUACGUUGGGGCGAUCAAGUUGGAGGUGUCCAAGAACGUUGAUCCUCGGUACGUUGUACAGCACACGCGCAUGAUCUUCGAAGCGAUCGGCGUCCGGCAAAUCUACAUUCAGCUCGACUAUGCCGCAAUGUGAUAAGUUAAGUUGUGUGAGAUAGGAGAAAUCGAGUAAGUACAUAUUUGUCUAGGAUUGCGCGUGUGUUGUUUCUUCGUUUUUAUCGAAGAUCUUAUUUCAUCGAUUUAGGUUCUACUUAAAUGAAUGAGCGCGUGAAACUGUACUAACUGGUCACUAGAAACUUGUAAAAGUUUGCAUUUUGACCCUAAACAAACUUGAGCAAAACGGAUGUAAAAAUUGAACACACAAUAUUCUAUUACUUUCGAGGUACCUAUACUUUUUUUGAGUGAAUGGACAGUACAUCAUAACUAUAUUUAAUUAAAGAUAUUUUUUUCAGUUGCUAACCUCUUGGUUAGCUGUACUGUGUCCGUUUACAAGCGUUACAAAGAUUAAGGACCUAAUUUUAUUGUACUAUGUUUCUUUGGAGAAGCAGUAGAUAUCAGCCCCACGUUGAAACCAUG